GAAACCAUUGAAAAAGUAUCGGUUUGACUUAACACCGCUGUAAUUUGAAAACAACGACAAAGAACCCACAGGUUUAAACCAUAAUCUACUAUUCUAUGUACCACAUGAAACUUUCUAGCUAUAUAAUUCAUUCAUCACUUGCUUCCUUUUCUAUUAUCUACAACACAAAACACACACACACACAAAUUUCUCAAGUUUGAAAUCAAUAAUAGUUAACACAUAAUGGAAAAUAGAGAACGGAAGAUUAUGGUGGCUGUUGAUGAGAGUGAAGAGAGUAUGUAUGCACUUUCUUGGUCCAUUACCAACCUUAUUUCUGAUACCAACAACAAUAGUAAGCUUAUGUUGCUCUAUGUCAAGCCACCUUCUGCUGUCUACUCAUUGGAUUCUGCAGGAUAUAUAUUUUCCAAUGAGGCAAUUGAAGCUUUGGAAGAAUACAGUGCAAAGUUAGCUAAAUCAGUAAUGAAAAGAGCUGAAGCUAUUUGCAGAAACUUUGAUGCUACCAAUAUAAAUAUUGAGAAAGUAGUUGGUACCGGAGAGGCUAAGAAUGUUAUAUGUAACGCAGCAAAGAAACUAGAGGCUGAUACCUUAGUCAUGGGAAGUCAUGGCUAUGGAUUCUUCAAGAGGGCACUACUUGGAAGUGUAAGUGAUUACUGUGUCAAGAAUGCCAAAUGUCCUGUUGUAAUUGUGAAGCAACCAUAGGUCUAAACAGAAUUUUAUUUCCUUCUUAAGGCACCUUAAAAAUAGUACUAUUAUUCCAAAUGUAUUGUUGUGUAGUAAUGUUACAAUUUGUGUGUAUAUAUCUUGCACUUUAUAUGUUGUAUGAUGUAUUAAAGUAGUCCCUUGUUAUGAAUUCAGUGAUAUAAUUGAUUCAAGAUAUUUCUUGAGGGUAAA